AUGCCCGUCGGACCUCGAGUAUCGAAAGAAGAAUUCAUGCUCGCAUUGGGUCUAAACCCACAAGAUCCGCACCAUGAGCAAUACUACCGUGCCAUGCGAGACGAAGCAAUCAUUGUCUACAACCGCAUGAACCUCGACACCUCCAACCUCCUCGACAACCGCUGGGCGAUCCUCGAGAUCUGUCACAAUGCGCCGCCGCUCGUGCGCGGCCUGUUCGAGCGUGGGGCGACGACUGGCGAGUACGGCCCGAAUUGGGUUGCUGGUUGGUUGUUGUAUAGUGUUUUUCGGUCGCGCGAUGUGAGGAAUAAUCGGAAUAGGAGGAAGGGGGAGGUUGGGGGAUCUGCGGGUUUGGAAUCUGACAAACGUACGAGGCAGGAAGAGCCGAAGAAGUACUACGAUCCUGUGCGGAAUGGAACGCUGUGA